ACUGACCCCCGCGGCGGGGAGGAGGAGGGACCGAGGCGCAGGAAGCCGAGCAGGAAGCGAGCCCGGCCGCCGCGUUUUCCUGGGGAAGCCGCGGGCGGGGUGGCGCAGCCAGCGGGGCCCGGGGAGCCGCCACCGCUGCCGCCUGGAUGGGGUGUUGACAGAUCUCCUAGGACUGCGGAAGUCUGAAUGAACUAAACAUGAAGAGCUUGAAGGCAAAGUUCAGGAAGAGUGAUACUAAUGAGUGGAACAAGAACGAUGACCGCCUGCUGCAGGCCAUUGAGAAUGGAGAUGCAGAGAAAGUGGCCUCGCUGCUGGGCAAGAAGGGGGCCAACGCCACCAAGCACGACAGCGAGGGCAAGACUGCUUUCCAUCUUGCUGCUGCGAAAGGACAUGUGGAGUGCCUCAGGGUCAUGGUCACACAUGGUGUGGAUGUGACUGCCCAAGAUACUACCGGACAUAGUGCUUUACAUCUCGCAGCCAAGAAUGGCCACCUGGAAUGCAUCAAGAAGCUCCUUCAGUCCAAAUGUCCAGCUGAAAGUAUUGACAGCUCUGGGAGAACAGCUUUACAUUACGCAGUGGCGCAGGGAUGCCUUCAAGCUGUGCAGAUCCUCUGCGAGUACAAGAGUCCCAUAAACCUAAAGGACUUGGAUGGAAAUAUUCCACUACUUCUUGCAGUACAAAAUGGCCACAGUGAGGUCUGUCAUUUUCUCCUGGAUCAUGGAGCAGAUGUCAAUUCCAGGGACAAAAAUGGAAGAACUGCUCUCAUGCUGGCUUGUGAGAUUGGCAGCUCUAACAUCGUGGAAGCCUUAAUUAAAAGGGGUGCAGACCUAAACCUUGUGGAUUCUCUUGGACACAAUGCCUUACAUUAUUCAAAACUCUCAGAAAAUGCAGGAAUUCAAAGCCUUCUAUUAUCAAAAACCUCUCAGGAUGCUGAUUUAAAGACCCCGACAAAACCAAAGCAGCAUGAUCAAGUCUCUAAAAUAAGCUCAGAAAGAAGUGGAACUCCAAAAAAACGCAAAGCUCCACCACCUCCUAUCAGUCCUACCCAGUUGAGUGAUGUGUCUUCCCCAAGAUCAAUAACUUCCACACCACUUUCUGGAAAGGAAUCAGUUUUUUUUGCUGAAGCACCCUUCAAGGCUGAGAUUAGUUCUAUACGAGAAAACAAAGACAGAUUAAGUGACAGCACUACAGGUGCUGAUAGCUUAUUGGAUAUAAGUUCUGAAGCUGACCAACAAGAUCUUCUUGUCCUGCUGCAAGCAAAAGUUGCUUCUCUUACCCUACACAACAAGGAGCUGCAAGAUAAAUUACAGGCCAAAUCACCCAGGGAGGCCGAAGGAGACCUAAGCUUUGACUCUUUCCACUCCACUCAGACUGACCUGGCCCCAUCCCUGGGGAAACCUAGUGAAGCCUCUCCCCCAGACUCCAAAUCAUCUUUAUCUAUCUUAGCACAUUCUUUGGGGAAAUCCACUACCAACAGUGAUGUCCAAAUUCAGCAACUACAAGAGACUUUGCAAGAUUUGCAGAAGAGGUUGGAGAACUCUGAAGCAGAAAGGAAACAGCUACAAGCUGAACUCCAGUCCCAAAGGACAGACCUGGUGUGCUUGAACAACACGGAGAUUUCAGAGAAUGGCUCUGAUCUCAGUCAGAAACUUAAAGAAACUCAGAGCAAGUAUGAGGAAGCCAUGAAAGAAGUCCUCAGUGUGCAGAAGCAGAUGAAACUGGGACUCCUCUCACAUGAGAGUGUGGAUAGCCUUUCACAUCUCAAUGAGGUGAAAGUCACUGACAAGGAAAUAGACAUGCUAAAGCGGGACCUGCAGAAUGCAGUAGAAGAAAGUGAAAGAAAUAAAGAGAAAGUGAAAGAGUUAGAGGAAAAACUUGUGGAUAGGGAGAAGGGUGGAGUGAUUAAGCCACCUGUAGAAGAGUAUGAGGAAAUGAAAAGUUCAUAUUGCUCUGUUAUUGAGAAUAUGAAUAAGGAGAAAGCAUUUUUGUUUGAGAAGUAUCAAGAGGCCCAAGAAGAAAUCAUGACAUUAAAAGAUACACUAAAAAGUCACAUGACACAGGAAGCCAGUGACGAAGCUGGAGACAUGAAAGAGGCCAUGAACAGGAUGGUAGAUGAACUCAACAAACAGGUGAGCGAGCUGUCACAGCUGUACAAAGAAGCCCAGGCUGAGCUGGAGGAUUAUAGAAAAAGGAAGUCUCUAGAGGAUGUGACAGCCGAAUAUAUCCAUAAAGCAGAGCAUGAGAAACUGAUGCAAGUGACAAACAUGUCCAGGGCUAAAGCAGAAGAGGCACUGUCCGAAAUGAAGUCUCAAUAUUCAAAAGUGUUGAAUGAGUUGUCCCAGCUCAAACAACUGGUAGAUGCACAGAAAGAGAACUCUGUGUCCAUCACAGAACAUUUGCAAGUGAUAACCACACUGCGAACGACUGCAAAAGAGAUGGAAGAAAAAAUAAGUAAUCUCAAAGAGCACCUUGCAAGUAAGGAAGUAGAAGUAGCAAAGCUGGAGAAGCAACUACUGGAAGAGAAAGCAGCCAUGACUGAUGCUAUGGUACCCAGGUCUUCCUAUGAAAAGCUCCAGUCAUCCUUAGAAAGUGAAGUGAGUGUGUUGGCAUCGAAAUUAAAGGAUUCAGUAAAAGAAAAAGAGAAAGUCCAUUCAGAGGUUGCCCAGGCUCGAAGUGAGGUCUCACAAGUGAAAAGGGAAAAGGAAAACAUUCAAAUUCUCUUGAAAUCCAAAGAGCAAGAAAUAAAUGACCUUCUGCAAAAAUUCCAGCAAGCUCAGGAAGAACUUGCUGAAAUGAGAAGGUAUUCUGAAAGUUCUUCAAAACUGGAGGAGGAUAAAGACAAAAAGAUAAGUGAGAUGUCGAAGGAAGUCACCAAAUUGAAGGAGGCCCUGAACAGCCUCUCUCAGCUCUCUUACUCAACAAGCUCAUCCAAAAGACAGAGCCAGCAGCUGGAAACAUUGCAGCAGCAGGUCAAACAGCUACAGAAUCAGCUGUCUGAAUGCAAGAAACAACACCAGGAAGUUGUUUCAGUUUACAGGAUGCAUCUUCUGUAUGCUGUGCAGGGCCAGAUGGAUGAAGAUGUCCAGAAAGUACUGAAGCAAAUCCUAACUAUGUGUAAAAACCAGUCCCAGAAGAAGUAAAGUGGAUUCCUUGGCAAGACACUGCCCCUUGUUGUGCAUCUUUGUGUUAGAUCCAGAGUUAUUUGUGACCACUGCCAUUGUUUUCAUUCGUGGUAUGCACUGUGACCUAGCAUAGCUUCUUUCUUUCCAAAGGUUUCUGAGGACUAGUCCCAGGAGAAGAUGCAGAGACUUCAGACUAGCGGAGGUGAACAUACCCUCAGAUUCCAGAACUGGAAUCCACCAUACUCAGAGUUUUGGUCCUGAUGCUGGCAGGUGGCCACCUUCCUUGAUACCUGACCGGCUGAGUGACUUCACCACUGAGUGAUCGGCUGAGGCCUCCAUGCAGUGACUGCCUGCUUCAAUUCCUAUUAUUGAGCUGUGCCAUUCAGCACAGUAGAGCUCUUUUUGCCUUUGGCUUCUAAUCCCAUAACAUGAUUUAAUUUCUAACCAAAUUAGUAUGGCAUUAGUUAUGAAGACCCCUUAGCAUGCUAUCCUGUGGAUUUAAAAACACUAAUUCCAUCUUUUUCCCUCAGCUUAGAUAGCUCAUCAUCCUGUUUAUCAAUCUCACAAUUUUUGAUAAGCAUUAUUAACUAGAGUUGAACUUUAAGAACAAAAGCAAACUGUCCUUAAAAGGUUUUCUUUUUUUUUUUUAAGUAAAUCAUGGACAUACUGCAAAUUUUCUAUGCAAACUUGCCUCCUGCUGUGAUCCAUGAAGCUCAGGAAAUCCAAAUAUUUCAACAAGGGACAGUAAACUGUGUUUACAGCCAAAAGAAAUGCCUCAUAGUUCUUAACCUCAAUUUUUAAAAGUAUUUUUUUCUCUAUAAUAUUUUUAUUGGCCUUAAAGAUGUUUUCCUAUCUAAACCCCUAAACAAGUGAAUUUACAUUAGAUUAUAUGAAUUUACAUUAGAUUAUAUUAACAAAAUAUUUUUUAGGUAAUCAUGCUUAAGACUUUUUAAAGAUGUAACUUUUCUCAAACUUUUCAGCUAUACGCAAGGGCAGUUAUGUGUUCCAGACUUAAUAUGAGCUGCCACCAAUACCCCUAGGACUUCUGCCACUGUCUUUUCAGAACUAUAGUGCAUUUCUGAAUAUAGUAAAUCCUCUUUUUACCCAUGGAAUAUUUUUGAAAGUCCCAACCCUAAAAGUGCCCAUAAAUUAAUUCUGGAAGGAUGUUAGCACCAGGCUUUCAACUUUGAAACAAAACCCUGAUAUGGUAACAUGGUGCGUAGCAAAAGUCUUGGGAGAAAAUAUUUCUGUUCACUUUAUUUUUGGGUUAAAGAAAUGUUUCUAACUUGCUUGCAGCUUCUCUAUGGCAUUGAUCUUGAGGGACAUAUACAGAACACCGAACUUUUAGUAUAUAGCUAAAAGUGAAGGGCUCCUCUGACAGGGCCCACAUAUAUUAUAGGGUUGCCUGGGCUCAGAGGGGUGCUUGGCUGAACUGGAUGAUAUGUUAAUUUGUACUGGAUAUGGACCAAUGACAGCAAAACAAAAAUGGCUUUAAAGCUUGUUGUUGUUACUUUUCUUAAGUCAUUUAAUUAUAGUUAAGCAGUUCCAAAUAUGCUUCCAAAGAAAUGUGAAAGGACUUUUUGUCACAACACUUAAGAAAAUAUAAAACAACCUUCCUCAUGCCCCCACACAGAAAUGCUGCAAAGUAUAAAACUUGAGACAUUUUGUAGAAUGCCUGACAAAGUGUAGCCUUUUAUCUUGUUUCAGGAUACAUAUUUAUUACAAGUACUCUGGUUAAAUAUUGAAAAGUUGUAUGCUGUAGUUUAGCAUUUUGUCUAUGUAAUUUACAGAAAUUAUUACAGAAAAUAAACUUGUUUCAUUU